AGGCGGAGCUGGGGGCGGGGCAGCGGCCUCAAGGCCUGCGGGGCCUCCAGCGCCAUGCCGCUCUUGUGCGCGCUGCUGCGCAGCCGACUCCAACCUUCUCUGCUCCGCUCGCUUACGCUCACGUCCGCGCAAAGCCUAAGCUGCGGCGGAAGCAGAGGAGUCCGGACCUGGAGCGCGCGGACCGGACCCGGAGCGUGCGCUGCCGCCAUGCCCUGCUCGGAAGACCCUGCGGUCUCUGUCUCUAAGAGGGCUCGAGCGGAAGAUGACGCUUCUCUGCGUUUCGUGCGGCUCUCGGAGCACGCUACGGCCCCCACCCGCGGGUCCGCGCGCGCUGCAGGCUACGACCUGUACAGUGCCUAUGAUUAUACAAUUCCAUCCAUGGAGAAAGCCCUUGUGAAGACAGACAUUCAGAUAGCUGUUCCUUCUGGGUGCUAUGGAAGAGUGGAAUGAAUAGGGGAAAAAACCAAGUCUCUCCUUGGAUAAGAGACCAUGACUGGGCUGGAGAGAUGGCUCGAUGAUUAAGAGCACAGACUGCUCUUCCAGAGGUCCUGAGUUCAAUUCCCAGCAACCACAUGGUGGCUCACAACCAUCUGUAAUGAGAUCUGAUGCCCUCUUCUGGUGUGUCUGAAGACAGCUACAGUGUACUUAUAUAUAAUAAAUAAAUCUUUAAAAAAAAAAAAAGAGUGACCACAACUAACACUGUCUUGUUGUGCAUAUGUAGAACUUCUAGUAUUUUGCCCCCCUCCCCCCCCAAAAAAAGCAAAAUGGGUUUUCCUGGGCUCUAGCAUUACUGAACUACACUUGUAAAGCCCAGGCUAGAAAAGCAAAGUGUUGGAAGAAGCUGACAUCUCAAGAAGAGGUCGCAGUUACUGUGUCAUUGACACAGCACCUGCUAUAAGUCAUUCUGAAGCAUGGUUUUAGAUAGGAUUAUUGAGGUGGACCUGUUAGCUAGGCCAGCAAAUUAAAGUUAUAAAAUGUUUGCCAUUUCUAGAAUUUAAAGAAUACAAGAGAGCUUGAUUUUCGAUGCAUGGCUGUAGAUUUUUAGUACACCAAUGAGGGCUGUGGCCACCACUCGUGUUUCGUGCGUGCAGGUCCCCUACCUGAAUAAUGAAAGAGAAGUCCCGGGUUCCUGACUAAGCUUCUCUGUUUGCUUAGCCUGAUUACUUCUUCCCAUCUAAGAUUUGCAUUCUCAACUCCCCAGUCUUGAACCACAAGCUGGGCCAGAAAGAUGGCUCAGCGAGUAAAACGCUUGCCAGGAAAGCCUUGACCCAAGUUCCAUCCCAGGGACUCAACGUGAGUUCGCAGAGUGGUCUCCUGACCUGCACCCACACAUCAUACACAUGUGCAGUCAUAAUAAGUCAAAUGGUUUAGAACUAGACUGGGGGCUGGGGAUUUAGCUCAGUGGUAGAGCGCUUACCUAGGAAGCGCAAGGCCCUGGGUUCUGUCCCCAGCUCCGAAAAAAAGAACCAAAAAAAAAAAAAAAAAAAAAAAAGAACUAGACUGGGCUGCGUGUGCUUGAUUUCCAGUUCAUUCCAGCAAUCCGGAGCUUGUAUGGCAUCUGCAGCACCACCAGUCAUGUGGUCAGGCUUUGAGCUUGUAUUGAAUUAAAAUGCUUCAAGCUUUUCUAAACCAGCCUCUCCGGCUUCAGUGGUGUGGUAUGAUAAAUGCGCUCUUUAAGAAUGAUCUGUUGAAAUUAAUAUAUGAACAUUAAAGGAGACCGUGGUAUUUAAAUUAUGCCAAAAAUGGUGUAUCGUUUCCAUUUACCAUUUAAAAUAACCACUGUUUUCCCAUUUUG